GAGUUGAGCCGGCGGAGGUGUGACCGUGCUUCCGGUGGUGGGGGCUUUCAAAAUAACAUCUUCAGCAGACGUUCCCUUUGGUAUCAUUAUGGCGUUCAAGAUGUCCACAUGAGCGGGAGGUUGAUGGUCUAAACUCAAAAAGUAUAUGUAUUUGCCCUUUGGGGUUAACCUUUUCAUCUGAAAGUAAAUGUUGAAUUUGUGUUUUACCGCUUGCACUACUGUAAUUACACAAUUUCUAUUGUUAUGCCUUUUUAUUGUGAAAGUCCACUUCCUCCCAGUUUAUUCACUUCCAGACGUCAGCUGCUGCUUGUUUUGUUUUGGUUUGAGUUGACGUCAUGUUCGUGUGUGUGUGUUUGUGCUGUAAAGCCUCCUGUUAUAUAAGGAAUCAGGAAUCACUAAACGUUUACAUGCGAUGUGUAAAUUAUGAAAGACAAACACAAGGAUGUAAAUGGAUAACACACACACACACACACACACACACACACACAUCAGAAACGGUGUCCGUCCGUUCAAAGGGGAAGUGCAUUAGAGGUUGUUGUAUUGCCUCCUAGUGGACAAAUAAUGAUCAACAGGAGCUUUAAAGAGGCCUUAAAUCCUGCGAAAUGCAUCAUUGUUAAUAGUCAUUUUCUCAUAGACGUCUAUGGGAGCAGAGGUGUCGCCCCCUGUUGGUCACUACACAGAAUGCUCUACUCUAAUCUAUUCCUGCAUGUUGGCAGGAACAUCCAUUAUUUUUUAAUGUAAAAUACAAUGAAGUAUCCUGAAAAGGUAAUGUUUGAAAUUGAUAUUGACUUGUAAAUGGUAAGAAUAAAAUGGACAUUUUUAAAAUGUUACCAUGACUUUCAUAUUUUUACGUAAUCUCGUGAAACUUUAUCAAAAUGUGGACCAAACUUUCAGCAGGACUCAAGUACGAAAUGAUUACAUCAUGAUGGUUUAAGGUCAGCAUGACCUCACUCACCUCAAACCUUUAAAAACCCUUUUGGAAUCCUCAUUCGAUUGUGUUCACAUGGAUGACGUGAAAAACAUUUUCAAGGUUUAUUCACACAUGUUGUUGUAAAUCAUUUAAGAUCAUAAAAUGAAUUCAUAUAUAGAUAUAUGUCUUAUGAAGAGAAAUGUUUGAGAAACAUAUUUAAAACACUGAGGACAUUCUCUCACACACACACACACACACGUACACACUCACACCAUAUCGUGCAGAGACUGGUUGCGGACGCGUGUGUGUGUGUGUGUGUGUGUGUGUGUGUGUGUGUGUGUGUGUGUGCAUGAGCCACUAAUUGGACUGAAUUUCACUGAGCAACAAAAGAUCAUCCUCGAAAAUUCCAGCUCUGGUUUGCACAGGCUUUGCUUUGUUGUCCCUUCGCCUGUUUGUUCUCUUCUAAUGCUGUGUUAACAGUUCUCUCUCUCUCUCUCUCUCUCUCUUUGGUGUCUCUCUCUCUCUCUCUCUUUGGUGUCUCUCUCUCUCUCUCUCUCUCUCUUUGGUGUCUCUCUCUCUCUCUUUGGUGUCUCUCUCUCUCUCUCUUUGGUGUCUUUCUCUCUCACACUUGCCAUGAAAGGCUUUUUUUUGCCCCAAACGAAGCAGCGUUACGCCCCGACUGCACAGAGGGAGACAACCAACAGAGGCCAGAACACACGAGGGCCUUCCCCUCAUUGACUCUAAUCUCUCUCUCUCUCUCUCUGACACACACACACACUGCAGGAGCCCGUUGGACAGCCACAAUGAACCCCAGACCUCCGGUGGAGUGGACCGUUGUCUCCGUCUCCAUCCAUGGGAAACUGAGCCUGGACCGGAGCCUUGGGCUGGCUGCUCCUGUUGAUCCGGAGGCCAGGGGUCAGGGGUCAGGAUGGUGAUCGAGCUGCCGGGCGCCGAGGAGCUCGAGUGUAAGAUCUGCUACAGCGCCUACAACCUGGCCGCUCGCAGGCCCAAGGUGCUGGAGUGCCGCCACCGGCUGUGCGCCAAGUGCCUCGCCAAGAUCCUGGACCUGGGUGAGUCUCCUCCCGACGCCGUGGUGUGCCCGUUCUGCCGCUGCGUCACCGGGCUGCCGGGCCGGGCGGCGAGCGGCCUGCCGGACGACUGCAGCCUGGCGGCGGCGCUGGCGCUCCAAAGCAGGAAUCAGAGGAACCUCCACUUCCGCCAGGAGGCGACCACGGAGCUGCUCCUCAGCCCGGGGCUCCUGAGCUCCCUCAUGGGUGGCAGCCCCCUCACGACAUCCUCCUCCUCCUCCUCCUCCUCCUCCUACUCCUCCUACUCCUCCUCCUCCACCCGGGGCUCCCCAAACUUUGUGGUCAUCACCAUCAUGGAGCCGCCUCCCCCUCCGCUGCUGUUGCCCGGAGACCCCCGCCGCCAGGGGAACCGGGGCUUCCGCUCCUCCAGCCUGGACUCCAUGGCGUCGGUCACGCGGAGGUGGACGGUGUGGAACUGCGCGUCCCUCCUGUGCCAGACGUCGGCCCGGGCGCUGGUGUGGCUGCUGGGCCUGCUGUACUUCAGCUCGCUGCCCAUGGGCGUCUACCUGCUCAUCCUGCAGAGGACCGCCAUCGGGCUGCUGCUGGUGAGCCUGGUCCCCGCCAGCCUGCUGCUGAUCAUGGUCUACGGGUUCUGCCGGUGCGUCUACCACGAGCUGUGGGACUGCGUGCCGCCGUAGCUGGGCCACCGUCGACCGGGGCGAGUGGGCCAGGAUCCACCACCGGGGGGCGCUGCCGCGUGACGGAGCACGUGGUCACGCGCCGACAGCGGCGAGAGAUGCUCCUGUGCGUCACUGGAGAAGAGAGCGGGAACAUUAUCUACUAAUGGAGCUCAGUUUGGGGCUUUUUCUUGUUCUACACGGUUGUGCUCCGUUUAGCCCGAUAGUCCACUAAUUACCCAGUAGAGAUUAAAAAAAGUGUCACAUUUAGCUAAAAACGUUGUAAUCUGCAAGAUGAGGAGUAGGUGACAUUGUAGUGAGAAAGGGGUUUAAGGUAUUAAUAACUGUCUCUGACACCUGUGGAUCGAAUGUGUGUCUGAGCCUCAAAUGCAUUCAAGUCAACUUUUAACAUGAUGAUGUCUUGGUGGGUCUUUGAAUAAAAACAAAGGACGAUUCAAGUAAAACUAAUACCAGUUAAAGUCUGUUAAAAGUGUUUUUUAUUUAAACUUCCUCUUUAUCUAUUUCUUGCUAAGUGGGGUUGACUAGUAGAGGGAAGUAAAUCAUCUUUCCUCGAACAUUUCGUGAUGCAGGUCAUUUGUGCACAAAUUGUAGGAGGCGUAAACAGGUGUGAGAGGAAACCUGAAGGAACCUCCCAUCGCUGUGAGCGGUGGAGAAGGAGGGCGGCACGAGGUCGCUCUACACUGCAGAGCGUUACGUUAUGACUCAUAGCUCAGUCUGUGCAGAGAGGUACAGUC